AUGAAGAGAAAGCGGCCGACCGGGAGAACUCAGAUUGCGGUCAAGAAGCCAAAGAUUGAUGCCGCAGCUGCCACAAAACCUACACAUCCACUUCUGCGGAAAUAUUACGCCGACGUCGUGACUUUGCGAGAGUACCUCGCGUCGCGACUCAAGAAGAAGCGAAGCCGAAGGUUGCAGCAGUACGGAGAUGCUGCGGAUGAUGAUGAUUCGGUGUGUCAACUACUUGACCAAACUUUCAUCGGAACUCAUGCACCCGUCCAUGCGAAAGAUGAGAGUAUUGUAGUCGAGGAAGACGUCACACUAUUCACUCAGCAACUUUCCAACGCGGGAACCGUAUCAUCUUUGGCUCCCGGGACGUUUAACCAAUCCGAGAUUGUUGACUYUGCAAUAUGGCUUUUAUUUCGAAGAAAUCAAGGGAACUCGAGACCACGUCAUUUACUCUGUCACAACUUUCAGCGGUAUCUCAACGCCUACAGCAAUGGCAAGGAUCCGGAGAUUGUGCCUGGCAUCCCCGGGAUCUACUCGAGCGGACCGAACGAAAACGCUCAAACUUUGAGACUCCAUCCAUGGGAUGCUCUGCCUGAUCUCUUAGGCAGUGGCGCAGAGAGGAUAUUGGGCGAUCUGUUGCUAGACUGUGGAAUCUUCACCCCUGUCAAAAGCAGCACCAAUAUGGUUCAGCUCAGUGGGACGCCAAUGUGCGAUUUGGGUCUUUUGCCCAGCUUAUUCAGCAGGAAAGAUGGCAACGAAGCGCACAUAGUCUUGAAGACCUCGUCAAGUGAACCAACAUCGAACAAGAAGCGCGGACUGUCAGAUAUUCGAUUCGCACGACAUCGCAUGCUCUAUGCCAAUGCUACUUUCAACGCCAAAGGAAGCGUCAAGUUUGGACUCAACCAAUUACACGUACUCAACCGGCUAUGUGAAUGCAGCGAUGUCGAAGAAACGAAGCACAUUAUGAAAUACAUCUUUCCGUCGCAGUUCGCACUCCACAAUGUCUUCACGUCUGCUGUGGACCCCAAAGACACAGCUCAUGUUUUCAAAGACUACACACUUCGGGAGAAGGAGAUCUUGCGACGGGAACAAGCUCGAGCCGUGAAGCAGCAUGUUGCCGGCAAAGUUAUCGACGCAAAGGCCACGUCUUUACCCAAGCGGCWCCGAGGAAAAGCCCUUGACAUUGUGCAUCGUCUCCGAAAACGACAUUCUAGCUGUGCGUACUCAGCUUUGCUGAACCAUUAUUGUCCCACGAUUCACACCCAGGAAGGCGCAGCAGCAAGCUCGCCUCAACUUGCAACCAGCACCACCCAAGUGUCAGCGUUCUGCAGAGCGGCAACAUCAAAAGUGUUCCCCAAGGUCUUCUGGGGUCAAGGCGAUGUCGCGACUCGAAACCUGCACAUUCUCCACCGUAACAUCGACCUGUUCGUCCGUAUCCGACGAUACGAGAGUAUCAGUCUCCACGACGUUCUCCAAAACAUGACACUCGGUCAGAUCGACUGGCUAGUCCCUCAAGGUCUCAACAAUGCAAACCGCCUCAGCGCUACAGAUGUCGCCAAACGGAAAGAGGUCAUGGCAGAGCUCCUCUACUAUCUCUUCGACUCCUUUCUUAUACCCCUCAUCCGGGCCCAUUUCCACGUCACAGAGUCCUCCAUCCAACGCAAUCAGCUCUUUUACUUCCGCCACGACGUCUGGCAAAAGAUGUCUAAACCGGCACUUCAAUCUCUUAAACAAAACAUGCUUGAAGAAUGCAACACCGAAGCGGUCAAGAAACACCUCGCAAAACGAACCUUGGGGACCAGCACCGUCCGAUUGUUGCCGAAGGAACAAGGUAUGCGACCGAUCAUCAAUCUGAGGCGUCGAGUGCAGAAAAUGCAACAUGGACAUGUGGUGUUGGGAAAGAGUAUCAACAGCAUCCUCAACCCAGCCUUUAGUGUCUUGAACUACGAAAAAGGUGCAAAUCCAGAUCGUCUAGGAUCUGCAAUGUUCUCCGUAGAUGAGAUGUUCCCUCGCCUUCAAGCCUUUCGGGCAUCUCUGGAAAAGAAAGGUCUGAGUGGAAAACCCCUCUACUUUGCCAAGGUGGAUGUCCAGGCCUGUUUUGAUACAAUCCCUCAGAAAGGGGUGAUGCAACUCAUCAAGAACAUCAUCGGAGCGAACGAAUAUCAAAUCACGAGGUAUUCGAGGGCUAAACUUGCUGGAUCACUCAUGGAAAAGCAUGCUUCUGGAUUCGGAACCAAACCGAUCUGGAGAUUCCUCACGAAAGCUACUCCAGGCUCUAAGACCUUUGAUUUUGGUCAAGAGGUGGAGAUAGAUACGGCUGGAGGUCGGACUGGGACGGUCUUUAUAAAUGGUGCUAAUCAACGCUCUCAAUCGAGAAGAGCGGUGAUUGGAUUGUUGGAAGAACAUAUCCAGUCUAAUUUGAUCAAGAUUGGAAGGACGUUCUACCGGCAGAAGGAAGGGAUCCCUCAAGGUUCCAUUGUCAGUUCUUUGCUGUGCAGUUACUUCUACGCGCAGAUGGAGCGAGAGGUCUUGCAUUUUGUGAACGAUGGCGAAGGGCAGAGUAUGCUGUUGAGACUCAUCGAUGAUUUCCUCGUCAUCAGCACCGACAAAGGUGUCGCGGAAAAGUUCAUCAAGAGGAUGGGAGAAGGUGUCGAGGAAUAUGGAAUCCGGAUCAAAGGCGAAAAGAGUCGCGUGAAUUUCGACGUGCAGAUUCAAGGGAAGAAAGUGCCCAGGGUGGAAGGAGGAGGUUUUGCAUUCUGUGGCAAAGUCAUUGAUAUGCGGACGUUGGAUUUGGGGAGGGAUUUGGAGAGGAGGAAGAAUCUCUCGGAUUCGAUUACGGUGGAGUACACCAAGACUCCUGGACAGAGUUUCUAUCGAAAAACAUUGAACAUUCUGAAAUUACAAAUGCACGCCAUGCUUCUCUCCACGACAUACAAUUCACUUCCAACCGUCUUGGAUAAUUUGUUUCAGGGUUUCUUGGAAGUGGCCCAGAAGGCUUACUAUUACAUCAAGUCUUUGCCCGUGGGAAAACGGCCGGGUGGGAAGCUAAUUAUCAGGACGGUUGAUGAUUUGGUCAAACUCUCCACCAUUCUAAUGCGGCGACGCAGAGGGAUGAAGAAGGGAGUGGCAUUGCCUCUUGCAUGCGAUGUUGGGAAGGGGAGUGUUCGGUGGUUGGCAUGCAAGUCUUUCCUCAAAGUCUUUGAGCCCAGACAGACGCAAUUUGGGGCUUUGAUAGAUUGGUUGAAAGAUCAGAUCAGGUUGGAGAAGAUGGCAAGGAUCAGUGGGGAGGAGAAGAGGAUGUUGGAGAGCUUCGUUCGGAAGAUUGAGACAUGA